UAGUUUUCCUGUGACAGUUUAAUAUUUUCUGUGGUAAAACAAUUUCACUUGAAGUCCGAAGGCAUUAUAAAUGAAUACGAAAAUGGAAAACACUCGUCGAUCGCAACGUACUCCAAAGCCGAAAAGGGAUCAUUCCGUGAAACAAAAAGGGAAAAAUGUCUGCAAGACAACAACUAAUGGACCCACCGCGGAAAACGCUACGAUUUGUAAGAAGCAAGCAACCAGAAAAUCUCGAAAGCUUGGUACGUUUACAAUUGACUGUUCCGUUAUAAAUGGGGAGAAUCGAAUCGAGCUGGAAGAUUUUAAAUCGUACCUGCAAGGAAAGAUUAAAGUCGGAAGAAAGCGUAACGAUAAACGCGUUAAGGUAGAGAAACAAGACGAGAAAAUAUUGAUUCAUGCUGAUGUUUUCAUCGAGAAGAAGUAUAUCAAAUACUUGACGAAAUUAUUCUUGAAGGAGAGAAAGUUGAAUAAUUUUAUUCGUGUUGUCAAUGGGAAACGGUCCUAUUCUUUGAAUUAUUUCUGUAAAGAGAGCCAGUAG